CAGGAAGAUGAGCUGAAAUUUGUGUACGCUUAGAUAUAAUAUCCUGAUUCCCUCAAAAGGUCUCGAUGUAUUCUCCGGAAACUUUGGGACACUCGUGAGCUGCAGCACAGAAGUGUACACUUUGAUCACCCUUUGCCAUCCGACUUCCAUCAAUAGAGUCUCGGUCUGCAGCUCUCCGACCAGGAUUGUCAAGCACCAUGGCUCCUCCAGCACCCAAACCCCAGAUCCCAACGACGUUCAGCGGACCCAUGCAGGUCAUCGGUGCCGGCCUCCCUCGCUGCGCCACCACCACCCUGAAAGAAAUGCUCGAGGACAAAACGCUGCUCGACGUCGGACCGACCAUGCACAUGAAUCGCUGCCUCUCUUCACCCGCGAACAUGCGCCUCCUCUACGACGCCCUCCGCGAAGAGGACACGCAGAGACGCCGGGCCAUCCUGUACAAACUCUUCGCCGGGUGCGCCGCCACGGCCGAUUUCCCGGGCCAUCUGUUCAUCGAGGACCUGAUCGAGAUGUAUCCCGACGCCAAAGUGAUGCUCAACAUCCGCAAGGGCGGCGCCGACGACUGGGAAGCCAGCAUGAAGUCGACCAUCGCUCCGUUCAUGAGCUGGCGAUACCGGGUGGCCUGCUUCUGGAGCGUCCCAGACUACUGGCACUACCAGUGCGAGGUCGAAUGGCAGCGGUUCUGCAAGGACAGGUUUGGCGCCGACAGCUUCUGGAGCAAAGAGGUGUACGACAAGCACAAUGCGUGGGUGGUGAAACUGUGUCAGGACAAAGGCCGAGAGGUCCUUCUCUGGGAGCCCGCCAUGGGCUGGACUCCCGUGUGUGAGUUCUUGGGCAAAAAGGAGCCCGACGCCGGCGUCCCGAGAACCAACGACCGGGGCAAGAUGGAGAAGGUCGUCAGCUGGAGGAUUAGCCUGGGGUUGAAGCUCUGGGUGAGCAGGAUCUGUGUGCCAGUCGCCAUCUCUGUCCUCGGCGGGUAUGGAGUGGUGAGGGCGAUGCAAGUGUGAACGGACUCGGGCGUCGCAGAAAGAAUGCAAAUGUCCUUAACCCUUUUCCUUUGUCGACACUAUUUGGGGAGUUGGCAAACCGCCCCCCCCCCC